AUGUCUGAUACCGGCCGUAGCCCUCGUCCAAGCUCUGGAACUCAACUCAAGCAGAGACGCUCUGCUGGAGCUGCUCAAUCUGCUGGCAGAGCUCGUGCUGCAGGUAGCCAAGGAGGCAUGUGGCGUUUCUACACUGAAGACUCCACCGGACUCAAGAUCGGACCUGUUCCAGUUCUUGUAAUGAGCUUAGUAUUCAUUGCUUCCGUAUUUGUCUUGCACAUUUGGGGAAAGUUCACCAGAAGCCGUGCUUAA